UUCCAAUAUCUUUUUUCUCUGUGGGAUAAGAUGAGGAUCGCCGACGUGGCGAAAGGCUAUCUAGUGGCCAUAACUUCGCUUUUUGCUGGUGCGACCGUUGUUCACUAUAUCUUGAAGCCUGAUUUGACUCUUCCCAUCAAAGACUACCUUCCCGCAACAGUAUCCACUAGUCAGCCGCCCUCCAAGCCUAGCAGCUGAGGACAGACGACUUAGGGACCCCGGCUAGCCUCAGAAGCACCAAAGGGGCCACGAAGCUGGUCUUGGCGUCUGUCGAAACAAAACGACACGACGCUAUGCCACGAGUUGGGGGCAAUGGCCCCUUUCGGCGAGGUCCUGUACUUUCUAACAACAGCAGCGACGAUGAAGCUAUCAGCGGCAGUGCUAGACCGCUGGCGGCUGCGAAGCAGGCUUGGCGGGGCUCUGGCACCCAGUCGGAUCAGGCUAUGAGCGCCUUGUUCGAGCAGUACAUGCGGGUCGGCAAUGAGCUUGGAGAUGACAUCGGAAAGGACCAGAUAUUCGAGCAGGGCCUCAGCCGCAUUCGCGACCACCUGACCAACGUGGACAGCAGCUGCUGUCUCAUCUGCCUGAACCACAUAGAGCCCACAGAAGCGGUCUGGCACUGCGAGCAGGGCUGUUACACGGUGCUGCACCUAGUAUGCAUCCAGGACUGGGCACGCAGCCAGGUGGAUGCCGCUCGCGCCAAGGCGGCUGCGAGGUCGUUGCAGGAUCCCACGGCUACUGUCCAUGCUUUUGAUUGGGGUUGCCCUAAGUGCCGCUCAACCUACCCCGCUGCGGAUGUUCCUCGACAGUAUAAAUGUUUUUGCGGAAAAGUUACCAAUCCUGAGUUUGACCCGUGGGUCACUCCGCACAGCUGCGGAGAGAUCUGCCGCCGAUCGCUGGCGGGCGGCUGCGGCCACACCUGCCUGCUGCUAUGCCACCCGGGCCCCUGCCCGCCUUGCCCUCUGAUUGUGGAUGCGAGCUGCUACUGUGGCAGCAAGAAGCUCAAGCAGCGCUGCGGCCAUCACGAGUACAGCUGCAAGGACGUGUGUGGCUCCAAACUGGACUGUGGACACAGGUGCCCAGACGUGUGCCAUCCAGGUGACUGCGCCAAGUGCCGGGUUAUGGGUGAAUUCCCCUGCCGCUGUGGAGCGGAAGUACGACAGCUGCAGUGCGGAGACCGCAACUACCAGUGCGCUCGUGUUUGCGGUAAACCUCUGGCUUGCGGAAACCACAAGUGCGAAAAGGUUUGCCACACGGGUGCCUGCGGCUCGUGCCCAUUUUCUGGCGUCCGGACGUGCCCCUGUGGGAAGCAGACGUACGAAGGCAUGUCGUGCACGGACAAGGUGCCGUCAUGCGGCGAGACGUGCGGCAAGCUGCUGCCUUGCGGCAUACACCGCUGCGCAGACCGCUGUCACCAGGGUGAAUGCACAGCUCAGUGCCGGGGCCCGGCGCUCAAGACAUGCAGGUGCGGGAAGAGCCAGAAGGAGGUUCUCUGCUUCCAGGAGUUCACGUGUGAGCGGCGGUGCUUAGAGAUGCGUGCGUGCGGCCGCCACCCCUGCAAGCGGCGCUGCUGCGAUGGCAACUGCCCCCCGUGUGAAGAGGUUUGUGGGCGGCGUCUGAAAUGUGGCAACCACAAGUGCCCCGCACCCUGCCACAGCGGUCCUUGCAGGCCAUGUCCGUUGACGGUGACCGUGACGUGCGCCUGCGGUGCCACGAGCUGCACACUGCCAUGCGGUGCCGAGUCCAAGGCGGAGGCGCCGCACUGCUUCAAGCCUUGCUCGGUGCCACGUAUCUGCCGGCACGGGCCGCAGCUGCCGGCUCAUCGCUGCCAUUAUGGGCCCUGCCCGCCAUGCGCCCUGCCCUGCGCGACGCCGCUCACCUGUGGACACUCCUGUGCCGCGAACACAUGUCAUGACCCCCCUCCGCCGCCCGUGCCGGACUUCAAGCCACCGCCGCCGCCAUCCAAGUCUGCUGUCGCUGCCGCCACGGCGAUGGCGGGCGCGGAUGGCAUUGGCGGCAGUGCUAUCUGCGUGGGCGGGCACGGCAGCGUCGCGAUGCCGUGCAGCGAACGGCGACCCUACAGGUGCAACGCACCUUGCGGGCGGCCGUUGCAGUGUGGCAACCACAGGUGCCCGCUUCCGUGCCAUGCUGUACUGGACGGUGCCACCAAUGGCGCAGCAGCUGCGGCCGCAGCCAGUGGUGGGGGUGACCCGCGUGUCCCGCAGACAUGCCGGCCAUGCGACCGGCCAUGUGGCCUGACGCGGGGCUGCAGCCACCCAUGCCCGCGCAGGUGCCAUCAGGGCCAGUGUCCCCGAUGCGAGCUGCAGUCACGGAUGGCCUGCCUGUGCGGGAAGACCAUGUUGCAGCUGCCCUGCCAUCAGCUGACGGAGGCCCAGGCGAAGAACCAGAUCAACUCGCUGUUGUCGUGUGGGAAGCCAUGCCACCGGCAGCUGGCCUUCUGCACCCACCCGUGCAAGGCGCUCUGCCACUCCGGGCCUUGUCCCAACCCUGAAGGCUGUUCCGCGGAGGUCAGUGUGCGCUGCGCCUGUCCCAACAAGCGCCGUGCCAAGUGGAAGUGCUCGGAGGUGCAGGAUGCGUUGGAGCGUGCCGGCCAGCCACGAACGUACGACGACGCGCAGGCCCCGCGGUUGCUACUGUGCGACGCGGAGUGCGAGCUUUUAAAGGCCAAAGUCGCCACCUCCGCUCAAGUUGCCAAGGGCACUGCCAACGGGCCAGCACCUUCAACCAGUAUGACCACGUCGCGCAGCAUGGAGUCUCUGUCCGACGGAGCAGGAGGCGCGGCAGCGACGACUGGGAAGGCCAGCAAGACGCGACUGACGCGGGCGGAACGGGAGGCGUUGGCGGCUAAGAAGGAGGCCGAACGGCUGCGUCAGCAGCGACUGACUGCCAUUAUGCGGGGGGUCAUGAUGGGCAUUGUGGUGGCGCUAGGCUUGCUGCUGGCUUGGGGCAUCAAGGCCCUCCUGUCGUACCUGGACGAAAUGAUGCAAUCCCGGUGGGCACUAGAUCGUGUGCAGUAAGCGCGCAGUGGAGGUGUCAUGCGCUGCAUAUUGGGCCACAGCAUAGGCUAUACUAUGCGCAGCGCUGGUGGAUUAUUGGGCGAUGGAUGGCAUAGUGCCUCAUUCACCUGCGGUUGCCGGGACUUCUCAGCCAGAUGUGAGUACCAGUCAAUGGCGCUGGAUAAGCGUUUUGCCGUCGAAGGCCUUGGAAACGAUGGCAACUUCAAACGCUGCACCGCAGCUGUAUUGAGGGCAUAUAGCACCCACCCGGGGGAGCGAUGGAGGGCAGCAUGGUAGUUUUUCAGUUGGGUGCGCGGGGAACCAACAUGUAACAAUGAUGGCUGUCGU